AUGAACUGCGAUCAAACUGAGUUUCACAUUUUCGGAAAUACACAGGCGUACAAACAUAUAAUCGCAGUUUCUUCAUUUGUAUAUCUAUCUAUCUAUCUAUCUAUCUAUCUAUCUAUCUAUCUAUCUAUAUCUCAGACUAACUAUCUAUCUAUCUAUCUAUCUAUCUAUCUAUCUAUCUAUCUAUCUAUCUAUCUAUCUGUCUGUCUCUGUUCAUUAUCUAUCUAUCUAUCUAUCUAUCUAUCUGUCUGUUCAUUAUAUAAAUGUUUCUUUCCAAAAUUAUGUCUUAUCUAUCUAUCUAUCUAUCUAUCUAUCUAUCUAUCUAUCUAUCUCAGUAGCUCACUAUCUAUCUAUCUAUUUCAUUCUCUUCAUUAUACAAAUAUGUAUCUUUCCAGUUCUGUUCAUUAUCUAUCUAUCUAUAAUUCUAUUCAUAUCUAUAUUCUAGAAUUAUGUCUCAUUUAUCUAUCUAUCUAUCUAUCUAUCUAUCUAUCUAUCUAUCUGUCAGUUCGUUCAAAUAUCUAUCUAUCUAUCUAUAUAUCUACCUAUCUAUCUAUCUCAUUCUGUUCAUACCUACUGUUAUCUAGUACUGAAACGCCUAGAUAA